CGCGACCCGUUGACUGUCGGUCACCAGAUGCCUUUUGCUCCUUGCAUUUCCUUCUCUCUGGAAAUGCCCUCAGGCCCAGCUCAGCAGAGAGCGCGGCGUUCUGGGCCCAGAGAUAAAAGAGUGGUGGGGAUGACCUGAGGAGCCGCCGCCGCGCAUCUGCCUUUGGUGCUUGCCCCUGCAGGGAGUGCUCGGUGCCCCCUCCCUAUGCCACCCCCAUGAUGCCCCUGUCCCGCUGGCUGAGAUCUGUGGGCGUCUUCUUGCUGCCAGUCCCCUGCUGGGUCCCCCGGGAGAGGUGGCUGGGUCCCCUUCGGCGUCCCUCCCUGGUGCGCGGGUGCCCAGUCCUGGGGGCCUGGCAUGGUGCCCGCUGCUGGUGCCAAGCGUGGACAGAGGAGCCUCGAGCACUUUACUCCUCCUUCACAAUGAACGGAGACCAGAAAUCGGACUCUUACGCCCAAGCAAAGCAGGAUUUCAUCCAGCACUUCUCCCAGAUUGUCAAGGUGCUGACCGAGGAUGGCGUGGGCCACCCAGAGACAGGAGAUGCCAUUGCCCGGCUCAAGGAGGUCCUGGAGUACAAUGUGACUGGGGGCAAGUACAAUCGGGGUUUGACGGUGCUGAUAGCAUUUCGGGAGCUGGUGGAGCCCAGCAAGCAGGACGCCGAGAGCCUCGGGCGGGCCCUGACCGUGGGCUGGUGUGUUGAGCUGCUGCAGUCCUUCUUUCUGGUGUCCGACGACAUCAUGGAUUCCUCCCUCACCCGGCGGGGGCAGAUCUGCUGGUAUCAGAAGCCGGGCAUCGGUUUGGACGCCGUCAACGACGCCCUGCUGCUGGAGGCCUGUGUCUACCGACUGCUCAGGCUCCGCUGCCGGCAGCAGCCCUAUUACCUGAACCUGCUGGAGCUCUUCCUUCAGAGUUCCUAUCAGACGGAGAUCGGACAGACUCUGGACCUCAUCACAGCCCCCCAGGGCAACGUGGAUCUUGGCAGAUUCACUGAGAAGAGGUACAAAUCUAUUGUCAAGUACAAGACCGCUUUCUACUCGUUCUACCUCCCUGUGGCUGCCGCCAUGUACAUGGCGGGCAUCGACGGCGAGAAGGAGCACGCCAAUGCCAAGGAGAUCCUGCUGCAGAUGGGGGAGUUCUUUCAGAUCCAGGACGAUUACCUCGACCUCUUUGGGGACCCCAGUGUGACGGGCAAGAUCGGCACAGACAUCCAGGACAACAAAUGCAGCUGGCUGGUGGUUCAGUGUCUGCAGCGGGCGUCCCCGGAACAGCGCCGGCUGCUGCAGGAGAAUUACGGGCAGAAGGAGGCGGAGAAGGUGGCCUGGGUGAAGGCGCUGUACGAGGAGCUGGACCUGCCCGCCGUGUUCGCGCAGUACGAGGAGGAGAGCUACGCCCGCCUCAUGGGCCUCAUCGAGCAGCACGCGUCGCCCCUACCGCGGGCCAUCUUCCUGGGGCUGGCGAACAAGAUCUACAAGAGGAAGAAGUGACCUGGAUGCUGCACGGGCGGGGCAGGG